CUGACCCCAAUUCUGACAAUUUCACUGACAUUUUUCAACAGCCAUUUUUAACUGCUAGAAUUAAAUAGUUAAUUUUAACAGUCCUUCACAUACAAUCAAAAUUGAGUUUGAAUUGAUGUGAAAAUCACAUAUCCUCUGAGAAAUGGUUUUUCCAGGGAAUAACAGUAAUCUUUGUCAUGCUCUUCACACAGCCUUGUGUCUGCACUAUUGCCUGCAGCAUGUGCAAAUUAAGAAUGUCCACAGAAGAAAAGAUGUGUGCCUCGCUGCGUGCUUUGCAAAGAACCUGCGAGAUGAAGUGGAGUGACGGAUUCCAUUAUCAGCAAAUGAGCUUAUACUGUCCGAAGUACUUUUCUGAUUAAGUAAACAGAAUGAUGCUGUGAGUAUGUCUGCGAGUGAGGGGACAGAGAAAGACAGAGACAUAGACAGAGGAAGAGGGACAGCUCCAGUUUUCUUCAGACUCAACAUGUUCCACCUCCACCUCUUUGCGUUGUUCUCGGAAACACACAGCUGGAGGAGAAACACACUCCGCCACUGGUCUAACGGCGGAGCUCGCGUUUACACUUAGGAUGCUGGGAUCUUCUGCUUCUUCUUUAAUCUUCGGAUAAUACGUGUUUUCCCCCGCUGCAACAUGAGCGCUGAAUGCAGCAGCUACUACAGCGCUGACGGUGCGUUUGUGGACGCGUUCGCCUGUCCCAGACCGGGAAACGCUGCUGAUGCUGUCUACUGCUGCGGCUUUAAUGAUGUGAAGUACUGCUGUGAUGAUCCCAACAGCUUUUUCCCAUAUGAGUACGGAUACAUGUGGUGGCUGAGUAUUGGUGCUCUGGUUGGUCUGUCCAUUGCAGCUGUGGUUCUCCUUGCCUUCCUCAUCACCGUAUGUGUCCUCUGUUACCUCUUCAUCGCCACCAAACCCAGCCGUCUUGACAAUGGCCUACCCCUCAGAGCACCAGCAGGAGACGCCAGUGAAGGACCCAGUCAUGUCCGAACAGCCUGUGCCACUGGUCCACAGGGAUUCAGAAAACACUUCAUGAGCAGGAAGCUGGACUGUGAUAACCAGCCGCCAGAUCCUGAGGUCCUGUUCCAGAGGUGUUUCACAGCUAAUGUCACCAGUGUAAAAGUGGAAAGUCCUCCAUAGGACACUGAGAAACUUCUUGUUUAAAAUUGGGACCAGCAGUCCAGAAGUCAAAAGAUCAAGUGAAACUGGAGGCAGAUUGUGUCGCCAGAGAGCCACUAUGACACUGGGAACUGUGCUGGAGACGAAACUUAAAAAGCAUGCAUAAUGAGGGCACUGAAAAGCCCCAGUGAUUUUACUCAUGCACUCUCCUCAUGAGUAUGGAAGUAUUUCAGCGCUGUAAUUAGCUGAUUAUUCAUCAUCUCCUUAGAAGAAAAUAUUGGCCUCAAAAAAAGCCAAAGAUUUAAAAUUAUCAUUAGAAAUUGUUAAAUCAUUAAUGUAUAUGCUAGGGCAACCAGGGACAUAGACUGUGUUGCAGUCCAGUUUAAAUCCAGGGUAUAGAGUUGUGACUUAUAAGCAGGAAAAAAAAAAA